UAGAUUGGGUGAGCCCGCGCCUAGCCGAGCAGGUCCCGGUCUUAAAGGAGCCUCCGCCUGUUCUUUGCUCACGCGGGCUCCAAGAAAAGGGUGGCGGCCAGCGACCGAAGCUCUGUAGGUGCCGGCUGCAGCCGUGCUGAAACUUUCAGGGGGGACGUUUACGGACGGCAGAAGGUUAGCUCUUUGAAGGCAGGAACCUUUGUUCACUACCAGCACACCAGUACCUGCAACAGUGAGAGGGGACACAUACUAGGUGCUCAAUAAAUCUUGGUUGAAAAACUGGACUCAGCCGUGUGGAACUUGUCCCAGCAGAAAGGAGAAACAGGCUUCACUCACUCCUCUCUUCAUUGGAUCCUGUCAGCAGCCCUCCUCCUCUUGCCCUGAAGUUGAGUGAAGCACUUGGAUUUCACCAAUAGAAGGACUGUGAAGAAUACUGGUGUGGAUUUCCUGGGGCUGCUGUAACAAAUGACCACAUACUGUGGGGCUUAAAACAACAGACAUUUCUGCCUGGCAUGCAUGGCUCGGUGGCUGCAUGUUGGCCUAAGAACCAGGAGGUCACAGUUGGAUUCCUGGUCAGGAAAAAGAAAAAGAAGGCUUCAUCACAAACAGGACCAUUUUUGGAGCUGAAAUGGAACCAGCAGUUGGCGAACCAAAGAAAGACCAGGUCACAGGGACACGUUUGACAGAAGACUUUCCAAAAGCUAAGAAGUGCACGGUGAUUGGAGGCUCUGGGUUCCUGGGGCAGCACAUGGUGGAGCAGUUGCUGGCAAGAGGCUACACCGUCAAUGUGUUCGAUAUGCGGCAGGGUUUCGACAACCCACAGGUGCAGUUCUUUCUGGGGGACCUCUGCAACCAACAGGACUUGUACCCAGCUCUGAAAGGUGUAAGCACAGUUUUCCACUGCGCAUCACCCCCACCAUCCAGUAACAACAAGGAACUCUUUUAUAGAGUGAAUUACAUUGGCACCAGGAACGUCAUUGAAACUUGCAAAAAGGCUGGGGUUCAGAAACUCAUUUUAACCAGCAGUGCUAGUGUCAUUUUUGAGGGCGUUGACAUCAAGAAUGGAACUGAGGACUUCCCUUAUGCCAUGAAACCCAUUGACUACUACACGGAGACGAAGAUCUUGCAGGAGAGAGAAGUCCUGGGUGCCAAUGAUCCUGAGAGGAAUUUCUUAACCACAGCCAUCCGCCCCCAUGGCAUUUUCGGCCCAAGGGACCCCCAGCUGGUCCCCAUCCUCAUUGAGGCAGCCAGAAAAGGCAAGAUGAAGUUCAUGAUCGGAAACGGGGAGAACUUGGUGGACUUCACCUUCGUGGAGAAUGUGGUUCACGGACACAUUCUGGCUGCAGAGCACCUCUCCCAAGACACGGCCUUGGGUGGGAAGGCAUUCCACAUCACCAAUGACGAACCCAUCCCCUUCUGGACAUUCCUGUCCCGCAUCCUGAUAGGCCUCAAUUACGAAGCCCCCAAGUACCACAUUCCCUACUGGGUGGCCUAUUACCUGGCCCUCCUGCUAUCCCUCCUUGUGAUGGUGAUCAGUCCUGUCAUCCAGCUCCAGCCCACAUUCACUCCGAUGCGGGUCGCGCUGGCUGGCACAUUCCACUACUACAGCUGUGAGAGAGCCAAAAAGGCCUUGGGCUACCAGCCACUGGUCACCAUGGAUGACGCUGUGGAAAGAACUGUGCAGAGCUUCCACCACCUGCGGAGGGUCAAGUGAGGCCCCGAGACUGGGCCCUCUCACCACAUUCCUCCUCCAAUACCUCUCCUCGUGGAUCAAGAAACUAACUUCCUUCAAGUGACUUUCUUCUGAGCUCAGGUACCUCCUGCCAGUUAGAUAGGAGCACACCCGGCCUUUCCAUGACCACAAGUGAAGCCUUAGUGGAAGCACAGGAUCAGAUUUGGACUUUUAGCGGGCAGCUUUGUAUUCUUCUGUUUUGUGUUUUCUCUCCCAUCCCCCCUCUAUCCUGGGGUCCUUAUCAUCCCACUGCCCUUGUACAUAAUCAAGGGAGCUGUAGCAAAGAACCGACCUCUUUGCUAAUUGAGGAUGGAGAACUAGAUUCAUUUCCAUGCAAACCAAUACAAGAGUAGAAGCCACAGACUCUUCAAGGAGCCACAUAUUACAAACAUCCUAGAGGAGAAACAGAAACACAUGGUGAGACUGCAAGUGUACAUUUCAAAUAGAGUUUAGAGCAAGCAAACACUUCCAAACAGCUUAAGCAACUGUAACCCUCCCCCUCCAUCCCUCGUGGUUCCCCUCCUUACAUGCUUCCAAGUUCUCCAAGGCCCAGCUGCAGUGCCUGUCUGCAUUGUUUUUCUUCAUAAAACAUUCUGUCAUGGUCACAUUUCACUUUAUCAACAGAUUCCUGUUGUCCUUAGUGACACAGCAGUGGCCUGACCCGUGGCAUGCUCUUUCAGCUGUUUAGCGACUCUCCUGACAUCAGACUGCUUGAUAGUGUGGUAUGGGAAAGGUCAGACAGAAAAGAGUCUCCUUUAUCUGCUUGGAGUUUGGACAGAAAGGGCACUUCACUCAUAGAACCCUUCACGCAGAACCCUUCCGGCCAAUUUCCAGAAGGCCUAGCACAUAUAAUGACUCAGUGUUCUCUCUUUCCUGGUGACGUUCUGCUUACAGAACCUGGUUUCUUCUAAGACUAAUUGACAUGUAAUCUUCAAGACCUAUUUUCUUUUCUGCUUUUGUCCAAAGUUGGGGAGGCUGGAAUAAAGACAUUGCACGUGCCA